AUGACUUUGAAACCAUAUGCCAUUGUUGCAGGAGUUGGCGCUGGAACUGGCGCCGCCGUGGCCCGGCGCUUCGCCAAGCAGUAUCCCGUCGCGCUGCUCGCUCGAUCACCAGACUUUUCCCGCAAGUUGGCCGCCGAGAUUGAGGCCGAGGGAGGCACGGCUGUGAGCUACAAGGUCGACGUCGCCGACGAAGAGGACAUGGCGCGCGUCUUUGGCGAGAUUACGCAGCGAUUCGGAACCACCUGCGCCGCAGCCAUCUUCAACGCGAGCAGCCGCCCGUUUCCGAAGCCGUUUUUGUGGCAGACGCAGGCCGACGUGGACCACGCCCUCAACAUAACACUAAACGGUGCCUAUAAUUUCGCCAAAGCAACACUUCCGCUCCUGCUCAACGCAACCGGGGGUGCAGUUGUACCUACGCUGUUAUAUACCGGCGCGACGGCGGCCGUCAAGGCCAACGCGUGGCUGCAGCCCUUUGCCGUGUCCAAGCACUCGCUGCGUGCGCUCGUCCUGGCCCUGGCAGACGAGUUUGCGCCGCAGGGUGUGCAUGUUGCGCAUGCUAUUAUUGACGGUGUAAUUCGCAUGCCGCUGACGUGGAUAAUGAAGCCGCUUUCAUCGUGGCAUGCAAAGCUGGACCCCAAUGCGAUUGCGGAUAGCUACUGGCAUUUGCACCAGCAGCCUUUGGCUCACAUGACGGCAGAGAUUGCCUUGCGGCCGUUUUGUGAGACUUGGUAG